AUGCCGCUACUAGGCGGAAAAUUACAUCCCUUAGCCCAGCCACCUGCGGACUUGGAGGAUAACGAGCAGCCGUAUAUCGUCAGGUUCACGAGAGAAGCGUUUCGCAAUUACGAGGACUAUCUUUCCGCCAUUCGACGUUAUAAGCAGCGUAUAUGGACGUGUAUCGAGACGGGUCAGAGCGGGUUGACUUAUGAAGAGGCACUCAAUAGCGAGACAGAAGCGGUUGACGAGAAGAGGCGGCUGAAGCAGUCGGGUUACAGGGAUCUGCCGGACUGGUUUCACAAGAUCGCCAUCCCUAUCGUGCACAAAAGCAAGCUGAGCAAGGGUGCACUUGUAACGGCGAUUCAAGACGCACAAGUCGAGAGAGGCAGCGACCACAUAGGCAAGAAGCCGAUAAGCGCAUGGCUCACCCGCUUUGCCUCUCGCAGCCUGCUACAGGACAACGAGUGGACUGUCUCUAGCGACCUGCGCUCCAAGUAUGGUUUCGGUCCCAGCAGGAAAAGUCCUGGGAAGGGCAAGGGGAAGGGACGGAGCAAGGAUGGAGAGGCAGGCGGGGUGGAUGGUGGUGGAGAGGGGCGGAUGGGAGGGGUAGGAGCAGAUGGAGCAGGAGAGUCGAAGAAACGGAAGGCCUCGGUUGGAAAUGGUGUGGAAAAGGGUGGUGCAGGGGCGCAGAAGCAGCAGAAGCGGGGGAAGGAGGAGGAGGGUGGAGACGGAGUGGUGGCGACAGGCGGAGAGGAGGGAGAGGGAGCUGCUCCCACAGGGAAAUGCCACGCAGAGCACAAGGACAACGCCCCCCUGCUCAUGUGCUCCUCCUUCUUCCCUGCUCAUUCUAUGUUUCUGUGGCCCGCCCCCCUCUCUCUCCCCACCUCGGCAGUGUGUGCAAGCGCAAGGUCAGCAAGGACAGCGUCCCCCUGUUCAUAUGCUCCUCAUCCUUCCCCUGCUCCUCCCGUGUUCCCCUCCCCCCCCAUCCCCCCCUUUCCUCCUGCCCCCCCUCUCCUCCGCAGUGUGUGCAAGCGCAAGGCCAGCAAGGACAACGUCCCCCUGCUGCUCUCCCAAGCAAAACAGCAGCAGAAGGAGGAGCAGAGGAAGGCCGAUGAGUCUAUGGGCGACGUGCUACAGGUUUUCCAGUUCCACAGGGAAUUCAAUCGUUUCGCCAGGAUCUCCCCCGUACCCCUACGCAAGCUCGCUCGCGCGCUUGCACAAGCGGACGAAGAGCCCGGGUGGCUGGUUUUGUCCGACCUGCACGUUGGGCUGUUCAGGGCGUUGUUGAGUCUGGGCGGCGGGGAGGUUCCGGGCGGGCACGAGGGGAUCGGCGUGACUCAGAAGGUUCUGGACCGGUGGAAGAGGCUUCUGAAUGCUGCCACGUGGCAGGAGAUCAUUCGCAGGUACCUGAUCCGAGCGAGCCCCAUGCCUCCUCUCCUCGCCGCCGUCGCCCACGCUCUCUCCUGCUGGCCUGCCCUCAGCCUCCCCCCCGGGCUGCACCUCUCCCUGCUCUCCCUGCUGCUCUCCGACGUGCUUGACGCCGAGGAGACGCGUGAGAUGCUUGGGGAGAACAUGGAGGCCGGGAUCGACCUGGGGAAGAAGCGGAGCGUUGAGGUGUUGGAGGAGAGACGGGUGAGGAAUGAGGAGGUGCGGAAGCAGCAGGAGGAGCAGCGGGUGGAGCGGGAGAGGCGGGAGAAGAGGGAGAAGGAGAAGGAGAAGAAGGAGAAGGAGGAGAAAGAGGAGAAGGAGCAGGGGAAGGGGAAGGGGAAGGGGGAGAAGGAGGAAGAGGGAAAGGAGGCAGGAGGCAAAGGGAAAGGGAAAAAUAAAGAAGAAAAGGGGAAGGCGGAGAAGGAGACAGAGAAGGAGAAGGGGAGCGUGAAGGGGAAGGAAGUGAGGGAGUACAGGGGUGAUCCCAUGGACAGGCGGGCGGUGUUGGCUCAUAAGGAAAAGCUGAGGCAGGAGGAGGAGCGCAUGGGCAGGCUGAAGAGCGAGUACAUUCGGCGCAAGGAGGCAGAGAAGCGAGCUGCGGAGAGAGCACGGACCGAGGUGGAGAGAAAGCGCAUGGCACAGGAGAGAAAGCGGGAGGAGGAGUGGAAGAAGCGAGAGGAGGCAUAUGAAAAGGAAAUGGCUCGUCUGGUGGUCCGAACAGUGCCCCUGGGAUUGGAUAGUCACUAUAACCGGUACUGGUUGCUCAGUGGGGAGCCGAAGGUGGUGUGGGUGGAGGAAAGAGGAGGGAUGGUGGGAGACGGGGAGGUGUGGCGAGGAGGAGGGAGCGGAGGAGGACGAGGCGAGGGAGGAAGUGAGAGAGGAGGGGUGGGAGGUGAGGUGGGGACGGGGUGGGCCGGUUGUUCUCGCUGGUUCUGCUACACUUACCGCGAGGAUAUAGAGGAGCUUAUAGCGAGUCUGAAUGAAAAGGGGAUACGAGAGGCGGCACUGAAAGCAGCACUUGAGAAGGUGAAGGGGAGGCUUAUAGCGGGGAUGAAGAAAAGGGGGCCUGGUGUGGGGGGGAGGGAGAAGGGGAAGGGUGGAGGAGGGGGAGGAGGGGAAGGGGAGGGCGGGAAAGGGGAGGAGAAGGAGGAGGAGGUAGAGGUGGAGGAGGAAAGGGAUACUCCUACUACUGCUGCUGGUAGUGUUUCUCCUGCUGCUGCUGCUGCUGCUGCUGGUGCUGCUGCUGGUGGUGCUGCUGCUGGCACAAGAAGCAAGGCAGCCACGGCUACAGCUAAAGCUGCGACAUAUGCUCCCAGUUGGGGUGUUUGGGGCGCUCUAGUCAGCAAAGCCACUGCCGUUGCCCCUCCUAAAUCGGAUCAAAUCAAAUUGGGGGGCCUUCACAGCUCCUCUGGUUUAGCUGUCUUGAUGGGUGGCAAAAAUCGUCUUGACUCUCGUGCUCCUGCUGCUGCUGGUACUGCUGCUGCUGCUGCUGCUGCGGAUACUGCAACAGCUGAACCACCACCAGCAGAAGCAGCAGCAGAGGCAGGAGAAGGAAAGAUCGGAGGAGGAAAGGCAAAAGGAGGAAAGGAAGGAGGCGAAAAGGGAGGAGAAGAAAAGCCAGGAGCAAAGGCAGGAGCAGAGCCAGGAGGAGAGGCAGGAGGAGUCAAACCAUUCAAGGAAGUCAGCAGUGAGCGCGUCCAGCUGGCGCGCCAGGUGGCAGCGCUUCGUCGCCUGCUGCUGUGCGCUGAGGUGGCGGCUUUCAAGCUGUGUGGCGGUGCUCUCGGGGAGGCGAGAGGCGAGAGGGGGGGGAGAGGGGAGAAGGAGGAGGGAGGGAGUGAGGGAGAGGAGAGGGUUGAAGGAGCGGGAGGUUCGAGAAGGGGGAGGGAUGCUGAGAAAGCAGGGAAGGGUGGCCAGGGAGCAGACGAGGAAGGGGAGGAGGAAGAGGAGGUGGAGGAGGAGGAAGAGGAGGAGGAGGAUGAUGCUGCGACAGUGAGUGAGGCGGAGGAGCAUGAGGAGGAGGAGGGGCUAAUGGGCCCGUCUGCUUCUCGCUGCCCGUGGCGGUCGAGGCGAGUGCGGCGCGUGUGGAGGAGGGAGGUGAUGGGCGCUCGCACUCUCGCCACCCUAACUUACCUCACUGCCUCCCUCAGGAGUGAGGCGCAUGUGGAGGAGGGAGACGCGUGGCUGACUUUUGAUUCGACUCAAGAGAAAGUCUCAGGUGUACCUUUCACUGCACUGUUUGGAGUGAGCAUACUCAGGAGUGGGACGCGUGUGGAGGAGGGAGGUGAUGGUUCAACCACCAUUGCCCUUGGUGCCUCCAAGCUUCACACAGGGAAGGAUGGUGAGAGGAGGGAAGAGGAAAAGGAGGAAGAGGACGAGGAGGAAGAGGACGAGGAGGAAGAGGACGAGGAGGAAGAGGACGAGGAGGAAGAGGACGAGGAGGAAGAGGACGAGGAGGAAGAGGACGAGGAGGAAGAGGACAAGGAGGAAGAGGACAAGGAGGAAGAGGACAAGGAGGAAGAGGGCGAGGAGGAAGAGGGCGAGGAGGAAGAGGGCGAGGAGGAAGAGGGCGAGGAGGAAGAGGGCGAGGAGGAUGCGGAAGUGCUCACACUUGUUUCCCUUACUUCUCAUGCCUUUGCCCUUUCUCUUUCCUCUCUUUCCCGCCACAGGGAACGAUGCAAUGCCCUUGAUGCUUCCAAGCUUCAGACGGAAAAGCAUGGUGGAGAUAAGGGAGAGGGGAGAGGAGAGGACGAGGAGGUAUCAGAUGAUGGGAGUGACGAGAGUGAGGAGGGGGAAAAGAGAGGUGCAGAAGAGGUGGAAGAGGGGAGUGAAGGGAGUGAGGAGGAGAAGGGGGAAAUGGGGCAAGGAGGAGGGGAGGGUGGAGCAGGGGAGAUGGUGCGGUGUGCGGCGGUGCAGUGCGGUAAGGCGUUUCACCCUGUGUGUGCGGGGCUGAGGCGAAUGGCUGCUAAGGCUGCUUGGUACUGCACGGAGUGCAGGCAGCGGAAGGGGGGGAAUGGGAUGGGGGGAAAGGGUGGAAAGGGUGGGAAGGGUGGGAUGGGCGGGAAGGGUGGGAAGGGCGAAAGUGAUGGAGAGGGUUGGAGGCGAAGGGGUAGGAAGCGUGGGAGAGGGGAGGAUGUGGAGGAUGAGGAAGAAGAGGAGGAGAGAGAGGAGGAGGAAGAAGAGGAGGGAGAGGAGGACGAAGAAGAGGAGGGAGAGGAGGAGGAGGACAUUGGGGAGCGGAGACGUAGUGGGGAAGAAGAGGGAGAUGGGGGGGAGGACGAGGAGGAAGGAGAGGAGGAUGAAGAGGGAGAGGAGGACGAGGAGGAAGAGGACGACAGUGCGGAUGAAAGGAAAGUUCGUGGAAAGGGCAGCAAGGGGAGGGUGAUUAGUAAAGGAAAAGGCAGAGGCAGGUCUGCUAUUGAAACCCUAACUGGAAAAUCGCGGAAGAAGGGGGAGGUGAGUGAGGAGGAAGAGAAGGAAAGGGAGGAAGAAGAUGAGGAGGAGGGAGAGGAUGAGGACGAAGAAGAGGAGGAGAGUGAAGAGGAUAGUGAGGAGGAAAGGAAAGUGCGUGGGAGGAGAAGCAACAAAAGGAUGGCUUCUAAAGUGAAAGGAGGAGUUGGUGGUGCUGCCAGUAAUGCCCGUGCUAAGAAACUGCGCAGGGAAAAAGAGGAGGACGAGGAGGAGGAAGAAGAUGAGGAGGAAGAAGAAAGGGAGGAAGAAGAGGAAGAGGGGGGCGAGGGGGAAGAGGAAGAGAGCGAGGAGGAGAGUGAGGAGAGUGAGGAGGAUAGGAGAGGAAGUCGUGGGAAGAAAAGCAAGGGGAAGCUGCUCACGAAAGGGAAGGGCUGGAGUGGUGGUGCUGUUGAUGGGUUGACUUUUGAGUCGACUCAAAAGUCAACUGGGAGGAAAGGCAAAGGGAAGCUGCUCACUGAAGGGGAGGGCCGGAGUGGUGGUGCUGUUGAUGCGACAAGGGCUGGGCGGUUGCGGAAGAGAAAAGGUGCAGAGAUGGAAGAGGAAGAGGAGGAGGAGGAGGAGGAGGAGGAGGAGGAGGAGGAGGAGGAGGAGGAGGAGGAGGAGGAGGAGGAGGAGGAGGAGGAGGAGGAGGAGGAGGAGGAGGAGGAGGAGGAGGAGGAUGAGAGUGAUAGGGACAGUGAGGACGGAUGGAGGGUGGAAGGAUGGGUUAACAACGGAAGGAUCGAAUUUCGUGUCGGGAGGAGCAUCAAGGGAAGGAAGAAAGCGCCUAUGAAGAGGAGGAAGAAGGAUUGUGAGGAGGAGGAAGAGGAAGAAGAAGAGGAGGAGGAAGAAGGGAGUGAGGAGGAGGAGGAGGAAGAGAGUGAGGAGGAAGAAAAGAGUGAGGAGGAAGAGAGUUCAGAAGGUGGUGGUACCGUUUCGUUGAGAGGGAAGAGGAUGGAGGGUCGGGGAGGGAAAAGCGUUGGGGGACAGGGAGGCGGGAAGGAGCAAGAGGUUAAGUUGACGAAGAAGACUCCAGAACAACCGGCCCUUGUGGUGCUAGGAGCGAGAAGGAUGACUCGUGGCAUGCUUGAAAACAGCAGGGGUGGGAGGAGAGAGAACGAGGAGGAUGAGGAGGAAGAGGAAGAAGAAGAGGAAGAGGAGGAAGAAGAGGGAGGGGAGGAAGAAGAGGGAGAGGAGGAAGAAGAGGAGGGGGAGGAGAGCAGUGGGGAGGAGGAAGAUGCAGGCAGCGUUGGUGGGAAGAAGGUGGGUGAUGGGCGUGGGACUGGGAAGGUGAAAACGGGUGGAGGCAGACACAAAGUGGCUUCGGUUGAGUCGACACUCCAGUCGCGUCGGGGAAAGCAGCAGCAGCAGCAGCAGCCAAGAAAGAAGGAGAAAGAGGGAAGAGGAGGAGUGGAAGAGGGGCAGGAGAAGGCAGGAGGGAAAGAGAAGGAGAAGGCAGGAGGAAAAGAGAAAGAUAAGGCAGGAGGGAAUGAGAAGGAGAAGGCAGGAGGAAAAGGGAAGGAGAAGGCAGGAGGGAAGGAGAAGGAGAAGGCAGGAGGGAAAGAGAAAGAUAAGGCAGGAGGGAAUGAGAAGGAGAAGGCAGGAGGAAAAGGGAAGGAGAAGGCAGGAGGGAAAGAGAAGGAGAAGGCAGGAGGGAAAGAGAAAGAUAAGGCAGGAGGGAAUGAGAAGGAGAAGGCAGGAGGAAAAGGGAAGGAGAAGGCAGGAGGGAAAGAGAAGGAGAAGGCAGGAGGGAAAGAGAAGGAGAAGGCUGGAGGGAAAGAGGAGGAGGAAGCAGGGAGUGUCACUAAUGUUGCUGCUGACUCUGGUUCUGCUGCUGCUGCUGCUGCUGCUGCUGCCGCCAGGACCGGGGCUGGCUCUUCUCACAUGAACGUUGCUGCGGGGGCCCUGUCGCCGCUCAUAUCGCUGCCCACAUCGCCGCCCACAUCGCCGCCCACAUUGCCACCCACAUUGCCGCCCGCAGCGAUUGCGUUCUUGGCUACAGCAAGGGGAUCACUUGCAGCAGCAGGAUUGCAACCAAUCUCAGAAGCACCUCUGCGAGGGCUCUUCCACUCUCGAAAGCCAAGAGCAGCAGAAGACGACGAGAGUGUCGGUGCGAGCGGUGGUGGUGGUGGUGGUGCUGCUGCUGCUGCUGCUGCUGGUGCUGUAAGUGUGAGUGGUGGUGCUGCUGGUGCUGCUGCUGCUAGUGGUGGUGUUGCUGGUGGUGGUGCUGCUAGUGGUGGUGCUGCUGCCGAUGCUGCUGCUGCCGGUGCUCGUUCAAGAGUUGGACUCCGGAUUCCCGAACCGAACACUCUUGGACUGAACGCCCUUGGGCUGGGCAGCCUGGGGAAGUUGAAGCAGUUUCUGCUGGUCGCGCCACGAUCUGCUGGGUGCUCGUUGCUCCCGCCGAUUGCACCUAUUUGGACACUGCAAGGUCCAGCAGCAGUAUCCAUUUCCCCCAUAGCCUCCGCGCAGGCCCCCUUCCCCACGUCAUCCUCCUCUCUCCCCCACACGGAUCCCCUCGUCCACUCCCUUGGGUUCCAUGACCUUGCCUUCCGCCACACUCUCCCCUCUCCACCUCUCAACCCCUCCUCUUGCUGCUGCUCGCUCAACCUCGUUCUUCCGACAUUGCAAGGUGCAGCCGAACCCUUGAGUUCCCCAGUCCCCUCACUCCCCACUGUUUCCAUACGGGCCUCCUUCCCUCCACUAUCCUCGCUUUCCCGCGCGUACCCCCUCGUCCACUCCCUUGGGUUCCAUGACCUUGCCUUCCGCCAUACCCUCCCCUCUCUCCCCUCUUUCUCCCCUUCAGUCCGUAAACCUCUGUGUUCCUUCUGUUGGCCCCACGUCACCCUCUCUCCCUCCUCCACCUCCCCCCUCCCCCGCCUCUUUCCACCGGACUCCAAUAAAAACUCUCUUUCUCUUUUCUUUCGAUUUGAAUGGCAACGCAUUUCUUUCCCUCUUUUUCCCUUCUCCCCUUCCCCCCUAUCGUUUCCUACCUCUUCCGCCUCUCCCUCCCCCAACGCCAGUUCCUCCCACAGGGCGUCAAUAUCAACGGGAUCCAAAUUGCAACAUGCCACCGCCGGGAUUCGAACCCGGAGCUUUCGCGUGAAACGGUACUUUGAGGCUGAGCCAGAGGAGGGGAGGUGA